AUGGCGAACCCCCGAAAUCUCCCGCCGGAGCUGUUGAUGGCCAUCGUCAGCUUUUUGGCGGAAAGCUCAUUCGCGAAUGAUUGGGCAGGAUUGGAAGACGAAGCCGGAGACGCAGACCAGAUUAUCGCAACACUCGCUGCCCUGUCCGUUACCAACAGCUUCUUCAAUGCCGUCGCCGAGCCUCAUCUCUACCGUAUUGGGCCCUACAGACAUCCUUACCUCCUAUGCUGGGCGACAGAAGUAGGCUUUCUCAACGUUAUGAAGAAGAUCCUCACCCACUACGAGCCAGCCGGGCUGAUGAUCAGUACCGGCAUAAUUCGAUACAGCCCUCGAAAGUACAAGGAGUGGAAUCGAACCAGCUCAACAAAGCAGAGGUUCUGGGAACUUUACCGUCAGGACGAAGCCGGGGGCUUUCAGUCUCGCCACGACUGGAACGACGAGUGCGAGUUUCAUGCACAUGUUACCGAUUCCGACGCGGAUUCGGACGACGAAGAAGCAGAACACAAGGACCUGAAUGGGUUUAUGGCGGAAUGGUAUGGGGUCCUCAAACUCAAGACGUGCGACCACUUCAAGGUCGACGUUAUGCAGAAGGCUGCGGUUUACUGGUUUCCGGUUCAUAUUGCUGCAAAGCAAGGAAAUCUCGACGCUCUCACAAUUCUCGUCGAACACGGGGCCUUACUGAACGUCUCUUCCAAGGGAUUUUGCGUCCACCCCCACGAUCCUUACAACAGAAAUGUACUCUACUUUCCGGAUUGGUCAGCUGUCCAAGACUCGAGCUAUUUGUAUCCAGCUUGGACGCCUUAUCACAUCGCCCUGUGUCACGGACACGUGGAAGUCGCCAAGUACAUCUUGACGGAAUGUCCGUAUAUUACCGAAAGACUGAUCGGCACCGAUGAAGAUCCUCAGAUCCAAGUUCCCCCGUUCAUCUCGGCCAUACGACGUGGCCUUCCAGGAGUUGCGGAGUUUUGCUUGGAAGAAGGCAUCGACGACCCGAACGCACUCUACCCUGGACUAUCUUUCGCAACACUGUUGUGGCGAGCACUCUGGGAGACGAAAGAUUUCGGCACCGCAAUGGAGAUAUUGUUACGGCACGGCGCGGAUCUUGAGCACGACCUAGAAGAUGGCCACACUCUGUUGAUGGACGCCUGCUGUCGCGGCCACUACCGCGAGGCAAUCGCUCUGAUCGAUGCUGGUGCCAGCGUUGGCGUUGUUCUUGAGGAACCCGGCGUGGAGUUAGACGAGGAAUUCGACGAUCGCUCUCUUGUGAGUAGCCACGAUCUGCUGGGAAGCGGACUUCUCGACGUGUGCUGCACCGGCAGACCCAUCCUCGCGUCCAAGCAUCACUCUCCUGAGGCCCUUGUUCCGCUUAUUGCUCGACUUUACGCUUCUGAAGCGCGGGAUGCUUCAAAGCGAAACCCGAUCCUCACCGCCUCUAAACAUCACCAGAUUGAUGUCAUUAAGUUCCUGCUGUCCGCUGGAUCCGACCUUCAUGCCCUGGAUUCAGCUGGAGAUGGUGUUUUGAAUUACGCGUCACGGCUCCCGCUCACGAGAAACCAAGAGUCCUGGUCGAAAGGGCUGUAUCAGACACUUCUUUUUCUCACUCAGCAAGCCAAGGAAUCUGGAAUUUCACUCCAAGGAGGUCAUCGCGCAGCGUCUAGUCUUGCCCGCGCUCAUGCCCGCGACCUUCGCUACAGUAACCUCCAGGUCAAAAGCCAAGUACGUCGGGCUUUCUUGCUACUUGUCAAAGAGGGACUCGUCAACUUGAACGCUCGAGACGCAUACGACAAAACACUGCUGAUGAAAGCGGUCUUCGACGAGGACUUUGGUGUUGCGGGCAGCCUGAUCAACUUGGGAGCUGAAGCUGGGGUCGAUCCUCGGACUGGACGGGAUGAUUUGGUUGACAUGUGGGAUCACGCAGUUGACCAUAAGGACUCCGCACUCCUAGCAUCUCGACUAUUGAGGAAACUCGAUCGGCAAAAUCGUAUCUCACAUGAGCCACGUUUUCUCGUGGUAGUGAUGAUGCGGAGACUCAAGAGUAUCGAGGAAGAGAUGAGGCCCUCCCUGUUUCUCGACAAGAACUGGGUGAACAACGAAUGUCUACCAAGCACGAUCACUACCUUUCAUGAUGCCGGUAUCGAGCCACAGGUCAACGAGUUCCCGCUUUGGCGCUUACUUCAUUUCGCCGUCUACUUCGGCUUCUGCGAGAUAUCCAAGAUACUUCUUGGUGCGGGAGCCCGCGUCCAUGGAUUCACCGAAACGGGCGAGACAGCCUUGAGCCUAAUCACGGCUAAAGAAUGGUCCGGCCCAAAGGAGCUCGCAGAACUCGUUGUCAAGCAUAGCGUGGAUCAAGAUCCUAAUGCUCCGAGCAGAUGCUAUGACAUGCUCGAGAGGGCUAUGGAGAACGACUGCGAGGAUUAUGUCCUUGCUGUUCUCGACAUUUGUCCUGACUUUCUGUCGGCCACCACCUCAACCUUCGAGCAAAGGUCGCCCCUCUCGUUCUUGAUCUCCCUCUCGGCGACGGCGAGAGCCCCUGAUAUCCGACCAUACUCGAUCACCAUCAUCAAAACCUCCAUACGCCAGUCGUCCACCACAAAGCAUGCCAAAAUGCCGAAUCUUCUGCAGCUCCCGAACGAGCUGAAGGUGGCGAUCAUCGACGAACUCAUUGCGGCAGACAAGACGCCGAUCGGUCUCUUCAGACACAGCCUUCUCGAAUCACUCGCAGCCCUCUCACGCUCUUGCCGAUGGUUCCACGAAUACAUUAACCCAAUUCUCUACGAUGGCGGAGUGAAGAGACACCCUUAUCUUCUCAUCUGGGCAACCGAGACACAGAACAUUGGCUGUAUGAGGAGACUUUUGGAAGCCGGAGCAAACCCCAACAUGGCAUUCUAUUGGUGGGAUUCUAGAGAUCGUCCGACAAACAGACGGAACGACUAUAAAUCCAUGAUCGAAUUUUUCAGGGCACGGUACUCGUGUCAUAUACUCUGCCCUGACGAGUGGUGUGCGGGGCAGGCUGGAGUUACCGAAGAUGCUGCCGUUCAUCGAAGCAGGUUAGACCCUAGCCUGGGGAUGACGCUUUGGAACCCUGAAACUGCCAAUGACUUGUUAUUUCCACGACACUUGCCCAUCAAUCUCGCGGCUGCCGCAGGUAACAUCGAGGCCUUCGACCUUCUCAUCGGAUAUGGAGCAGAUAUCAACGCUCCCAGCUUCUGCAACGACCUUUGUCACAGCACCAAUGCACGUUUACACUUCGUGGAUCGGCUGGAAGCCCGACGCGCAAUCCAUACCGCAUACAACGCUGAAACAUACAAGCCGGCAAAACACAUCAUCAGCCUUGGUGCUCCGAUACGAGAACAUCUCAUGACGAAGUUGGAGACUGAAGAAGGUCCUACGCCUCUUUUCAUCACUGCGGUGAAGCACCGAAGGCUAGAAGUCGCCGACCACAUUCUUUCGACGGGGCUCGAGAGUGUUCAUGCUGAGUACGGCAUGAAACGCUACGGCACUCUGCUGUGGCAGGCUUAUUGGCAAGGCAGCGAGACCUUCAGAGCGGCUUUACCAAUUCUUCUCAAGUACGGUGCCAAUGUCGAUGCAGAUUUUGGCCAGGGCCACACGCUGUUGGUAGAAGCGUGCAGCAGGGCGCAUUAUGGCGAGGCACAUAUGCUUCUCGAUGCCGGAGCGAACGCCAAUGUCCGACUCGUCACAACAUCGCCACACAGCAUUAUGGGACCAUACAACGAUGGGCAAGGUCUUGUUCGCUGCCGCAGAACUUCGUGGGCCAGGCACCAUUGUUACCUAUGCUUGGGGGAGGGGUGCAAUAACACGUCAACGUCUAGCUUGUUGGGCAUGAGACCCAUCAAUAUCUGCGUUCAGAGCUUCUUCUGGUAUUCGACUUCACUACCCCUUGGGCAAUCUGUCGAUCGUAUCACCCGGGACAACACAUCGAUCGUCCAACAUCUUCUUCUUGUUCUUGGCCCUCACGGCAUCACAGACUUGACCCUCCUCUCCAUCGCCGUUUCUACUCUCCAGCCCAAUCUCGUUGACAUCCUACUAAAUGCAGGAGUAGAUGUUAACGCGCAAGGUCCUUCCGGCCAUUCUGCUUUGAAGAAUGGUCUAAUUCUAUUGAAAAUGGGAACAGGACUCCCUCAUCUUCCCGCAACACUUCUACCAUUGGUUCAACAUGUUCAAAAGAACGGCAUCAAGCUGAUCGACUACGAGUGGGCCAUUCUUAGACUCUUAGGAGAGAAAAACACAUCACCAUAUAUCCCAGAAGCCAUCAGGACACUCCGUUUAUGUGGCGAUAUCAACUCUAGGGACAAAGACCAGAACACCGUGCUGAUGUUGGCUUUUGCACGAGGGCGGUUUGAUGUGUUCAAUUCUCUCGUCAACAUGGGAGCUAAAUUGGGUCAAGCUCAGAGAAGCGAAGGCCUGCCGGAUGAUGAUUUGGAAUUCCUUUGGGAGCAGCUGCUCAACGGAGAAUCGUCGUAUGAAGCUUGGAGAGCUCUUCGGAACAACACCAUUGACCCAGAACGCAGGCUCCUACAAGACCCGCAUUUCAAAGACACUGCCACCAGGGCAGGCAGAAAGGAUGUACUGAAAUGGUUUCAUUGGAGCAAUCUUAUUCGGAUGAGAUAG